GAGGUUGGUAUCGGGGGUGGUCUUACAGCAAACCUGACCUGCAUUGCAAAGGGCAACCCCGAACCUACCAUCACAUGGCUCGAUCCGAAUGGAGUAGAGAUCAUCAACGGUGGAAAUGGUAACAAGUACACGGUGGUAGAAUCAUAUACAACAUCUGAUACUGAUAUGACCGUUGGAAAUGUGACCACCAGUACACUGAGCAUCCGGGCAGUGGACCCUCAGGUGGACUAUGGGGUGUAUACCUGCAACAGCAACAAUGGCAUCGGACAAGGAGACAAGCAUGAAAUCAUUGUCAAUGGACCAAAACCCAACAAGCCGACGGGUGUCGUAUUGACAGGCCGUACUUCAAGCUCAAUAGCAGUGCGAUGGUCAGCUGGUUAUGAUGGCGGUGGGACUCAGUGGUUUCAUGUCAGCCAUAAGAAGACUGCAGUCUCCUCUGAGACAUUCAGCGAUAGGAUUGAUGAGGGGGUGACUUCAUACAACGUGAAUGGUCUCGAGUCAUACACGGAGUACGAGAUCAAGGUUUAUGCUCAGAAUGACGUGGAUAGAAACCCAAUUCCUGGCAUCAUUGUGGAAUACACAUUGCGUUUCACCCUAUUUUAUAACUCGAAUGAGGGCACAGUGAAAAUUGACGGAUUGAAUGCUAAUAACGGCAAAUGCAUCCAACUGGAAGUUAAACGCGAAGGCAUCCCAGGUUGGGCUUCUUGCGGAGACUGCAUCGAAACUAACGGCACUUUUACGCUAUCAUAUUGGUGUCUACAAACUCGAAAACGAAGAAGACGGGCUAUCGGAGACGUGGAGACGGUGCGUGCCAGACUUUGUCAAAUGAAUGGACAGUUACUUUGCAGUGAUUUUAUUAGCGUGAAGGAGCAUGGUCGAGAAAAAGAGAAACCGACAUUGCAAAGAAAACAACGAAGCAUAGAGAAUAAACAAAAGGAGUUUGGAGGAACGUCUGUCUACCAAGAUGUUACAGGUGCCGAUAAAAACCAAUCUGACCAGGGUUUAUGUGCUGUCGAACUCUCAACAGACAGGACAUACGCGAAUGUCUUAUUCAAGGACAAGGCUUUCCCACGUGACAUGCUGAAGAUUAUAAAGGAGCUUGGACACGGUGCCUUUGGUCAGGUGUUUCUGGCUGAAGCAAAUGGAAUCCUUAAGAAGUCGAAAGCGACAUUAGUCGCCGUCAAGACACUCAAAGAGGGGGCAAGUCCGAUCGACAAAAAAGACAUGAUGCAAGAGUUGGAUCUCAUGAAGAAGUUACCAGGCCACUACAAUGUCAUUAAGCUUCUUGGAUUUGAUGUUGAGCUAGAUCCCCCUUACAUCAUUGUUGAGUAUCUAUCUCGAGGAAACCUGAAAGACCUACUAAAAGACAGUCGCAGUAAAGGAGGACGUGUCUAUGGAAACCUACACGGCGUCAGUAAAUCACUUACAUCCGGGAACCUCGUGAAGUUUGCUACUGAUAUAGCAGACGGAAUGCAGUUUAUAUCAUCACAUAAGUGUAUCCAUCGAGAUCUGGCUACCAGAAACAUCCUCGUUGCAGAAGACAUGACUUGUAAAGUGUCUGAUUUCGGACUCGCUCGAGAUGUGAUUGACAAUCGAGCUUAUGAAAGACGUUCACAGGGCCGAUUGCCUCUUCGCUGGAUGGCGAUGGAGUCGUUGCUUGAUGACGUGUACACAGCAGAGAGUGACGUGUGGUCAUUUGGCGUUCUUCUGUGGGAAAUUGUGACGCUCG